AUGUCUAUGGACCGUACCUUGUCCUCCGUGUACGAUGAAGCUCUUUCUCGAUACGAGCAGCUUCAUCGGGAAGGGAAAAUCAAAGAGGAGCAUCUCAUACUUAUCCGGGAACGAACAAGCCUCGGCGAUGUCCUGUCUACGAUCAAACAAGCGGGGGUCAAAAAUGAGGGAGAGCGAAACGCAAUGGACCGGCUAUUUCGCAGGGUGUCUCCGGAGAUUGUCACCAAGAUCGAAAGAUUUUCGAGCGUCGUCGACACUGCGGUCUCAGCGAAUCCCGAUGUGGCUGCCCUAGUUUGGAGCUCGAUCAAGUUUGUCCUAAUCAUCAUGCGGGAUUGUAACGACGCAUAUGCGACAAUAUGCCGCUUGGUGGAAGAGGUGCCGUUGUGUCUCGAGAGAUACCAUGCGUAUGUGGAAACGUAUGGAGUGACAACGCUUUUACGAGGGAGGUUGGUAAGAUUCUACGAGGAUAUCCUGGAAUUUAGCAUAGAGGUUGCAAAACUUUAUGGACGAUCCAAGAUAAGAGGAAGCAAUGUUAUCCAGCCGCCGGUGGCAUCUGGCAUCUUCAUAGUGCCAGAUCUCUUGAGUUACCGCUUUACGGGAAGAAAACAUCAACUUCAGAAACUAAGCACAAUGACCUCUGCUUCCAUAUCGGGCUCCAAACGGGCGGCAGUUUAUGGGAUGCCGGGCGUUGGCAAGAGCCAGAUUAUACUGGAGUUCGCGCGAGAUUAUCAGCAAACGCACCCAUGCAGUAAUGUGUUCCACGUCGACGCCACCGGACGCGAGAGUCUCACACAAGGCUUCCAAGGGAUUCAUACCAUCCUAAAACUCCCACGGGCAACUCAGCAUGAAGCUAUGACCGAGUCGGUCAAACAGUGGCUCACACGGACGCAACAGUGGCUUCUUUUGGUCGACAAUGUGUCCUCAGCGGACGAGGUUCGGCUCUUCCUCCCAUCGGGUGGUUCUAGAGUUAUUCUCUUCGCAAUGAGGGAUGAGUGGCUGGCAAGAACACUUGGGUCGUCGGGGAUGCUGGAACUGCUGCCAAUGGAUAAUGAAGAAGCGACCGAUUUGAUACUGAAAGGGACGGGCAAGGAUCCAGCAACAUCUACUUCCAAAGAUCGUCUCGAUGCUGCAGAGAUUGGACGGCAAGUUGGUAAUCUGCCUUUAGCCCUUGAACAAAGCGCCGCUUGUAUUUCCUACAGGAAGUGGGGGCUAUCCAAAUAUCUGGAUCUCUUGCAGCGGGAAAAGGUGGAGACUCUCGGUCUCGGCCCGGCGCUCGAUAAUUUCCAUUCGCCUUUUCCCCAGACCUUCGCCCUCGCUACUCAGCAACUUUCGUCUACUGUAAUGGUCCUGUUGAAAUUGAGUGCGCAUCUGAACCAUUAUAAUACCCCCAUGUCUCUGCUGCAGGCGGGAAUUAGGAAUACCAUCUUGGAGGUCCCUAAAGCGAAGGAUAGCGAUGCCAUCAUCUCAGAGGCCUUUGAAAUACACUCUCCCACCAAAUUGAGCAGCAGAACAUCCAAGCUUUUUGGAGGAGCCCACCGUGCUUUCUGCCGGGUAGUUUCUAAGAAAAAGGAUUCUGUAGAGCAAUCCGAUGAAACCAGCAAUGCUAUCGGUAUCGAAAGCGACCGGUCGUACGGUUUUCUCCGGCAGCUUUUCUCGGAUUCCGAGCAGUUUGAGCGUGCAGUCUCGGAACUUCAUACGGCGGCUCUGAUCGGUCGGAAGCAGGAGGGCAAUAUCUGGAUACACGAUCUUGUCUCGGAGAUGGCGCUUAUGCGAGAAGCAUUGGACGUUAUUGAGCGGGUAUUACCUAUACAAGAGAGAGAGCUUGGGCCGAAUCACCAAGUAACUCAGAACACUCUCCACGCCAAGGCUACCAUAUUCAAAGAGGCUGGACGGUGCGAGGAGGCUCUUGAGCUGUACGAUCGAGUUUUGGCCGUGGGAGAGAAGGCACUCGGGCCGGAUGACCCAAUAACUCUGAUCACUCUUGGUAAUAAAGCUAGCGUGCUCUGUGUAAUGGGACGGUAUACUGAAGCUCUGGAGUUGUAUGAGAGGAUCCUCCCUGUGCAGGAGAGGGUGCUUGGGCUGGAUGACCCAUCGACUAUGGCCACUCUCAACAACAUGGCCUUUGUAUUGCGCGAUAUGGGACGAUAUGACGAGGCUCUAGAGCUGCACAAGCAGAGUUUGACUGCGGAAGAGAAGGUUCUCGGGGCGGAUCACCCAAUGACACUGGUCACAUUCAGUAGUAUGGCUAUUGUGCUCAGUAAGGCGGGACAGCACAAUCAGGCUCUGGAGCUGUAUGAGCGAGUUGUUGCUGUGAGAGAGAAGGAUCUCGGGUCGGAUCACCCUCACACAAUCAGCGCUCGGUGGAGUCUUUCUAAAUGCAGGGGCAUUAUCCGGGAACGAGCCAAUGACGGACCCGAAACCUAG